GAACUUUUCCCGGGACACACACACACACGCACACACACACAAAGACACACAAAGACACGCAGACGCACUUGAGUAGUCCACGCAACACACGGAAGACUGUCGUGUUUUCCUCGUUGUCGUUUCCACCGUGGAAAGAAAACCAAAAUCGCCACCAUGUCGAAAGGAUGCAUAACCGUCACCAAGUAUUUUCUGUUCCUCUUCAACCUCAUCUUCUUUGUCUUCGGAGCAUUGAUCAUGGGCUUUGGACUGUGGGUUCUCCUCGAUAAUCAGAGUUUCAUUUCUGUUUUACAGGAGUCAUCAGACACAGUGAAAGUGGCGUCCUACAUCCUCAUUGGAGUGGGUUCUUUGACCAUGGCCAUGGGCUUCUUUGGCUGCAUUGGAGCCAUCUAUGAAAUACGUUGUCUCCUCGGUUUGUAUUUCACCUGCCUCCUGCUCAUCCUCAUUGCCCAAGUUACUGCUGGAGUUCUCAUCUACUUUCAGAGGGAUCAGUUGAAAAAUGAGAUGUCCAACAUCAUAAAGAGCAUGAUAAUCCAUUACACCGGCCAGAACAGAACAACCGAGCAAACUUGGGACUACAUUCAGAGAACGAUGGAGUGCUGUGGGUGGACCGGGCCCGGGAACUGGUCUGACAACAUUUUGAUCAGUAACAGCUCUCAGAAUCUCUAUCCUUGUUCCUGUCGCAAUGAGUCCCUGCCUGGCACUGACCUCACGCUGCAGGGCCUGUGUGAGCACUUGUCCACAGAACUUCCUGUCUACGAAACGGGCUGCGUAACAAGUGUGGAGAAAUGGCUGCUGGAGAACUGUGGAAUUAUUCUUGGAGUCUGCGUUGCAGUAGCAGUUGUGGAGCUUCUUGGGAUGAUCCUCUCCAUGUGUCUGUGCCAGAGUGUGGGCCAGGAAGAUUAUACCAAAGUACCCAAGUACUGAUUAACUCUAACUCUCUCUCACACACACACACACACACACACACACACACACACACACAGAUGAACUCCUCCCUUCUCUUACUCUUUUUACUCACACACACACACACACUUGUAUUUCUUGCCAUCUUGAGACCUCAGAAAAAGGCCUCCAUCUUUAGGACCACCCUUUCUGGACAUAUAAAUAUUUGUAUUUACAACAUUAAUAAUAUAUACGUACUAUGCAAAUAUAAAAAAAGGAAAGCUUUUAGUUAACUUUUUUGGGGGGGGGGCAAUUUUUUUGGGUAAUUGUUUUUUUAAUCUUCAUUUUUACUCCAAGUUAUGACAGUAAGUCUCUAUAAAUAUAUUUAUUUUAUUUUUUUUAAUUGUUUUGGCAAAAGGGGUCGCAUUUAAAUUUCAUAACACACACUUGUUAUUAAAUGGGUUGUACUUGUAUAGCGCUUUUCUACCUUCAAGGUACUCAAAGCGCUUUGACACUACUUCCACAUUCACACACACAUUCACAUACUGAUGGAGGGAGCUGCCAUGCAAGGCGCCAACCAGCACCCAUAAGGAGCAAGGGUGAAGUGUCUUGCUCAGGACACAACGGACGUGACGAGGUUGGUACUAGGUGGGGAUUGAACCAGGAACCCCCGGGUUGCGCACGGCCACUCUUCCACUGCGCCACGCCGUCCCCUAUUACAUAUUACCAGAGGGGGCGCACUUCAAAAAGAAAAAUUGCACACACUUGUUAUUUCAUAUGUUGACCAGAAUAUGUUUUGAUAGAUUUCACCACCAGGGGUGCAAUUGAGACAUUCUCCAUUAGAUGCAAUGCUUGUCCGUAUUGGGACCAUGAUUUAUGUCUUCAUUGGUCCUCAUAUGGAAGCUACUUUUCCUUGAUGUCUCAAGAAGGGUAGAAAUACAAGAACACACACACACACACACGAAGGCAGCUGCCACCUGCCUUGACAGCUGUGCAGACUCCUCAAGUUUGUCACACCUGUCCACCACCCUUCACGUUGUCUUAUUGUAAUUACUACAUUGUCGUUGUUACUACUCUAUAAGCCUUUUAAAGGGGACUAUGGUUUGUUGGCUUCUCUUUUACUGUCCCAUGUUGCAUCGUUAGCUAUUUGUCUUGUCUUCCGCUGACCUCAAUGAAGCGCUUAACAGAGUAGAAAAGGAGAGCCAGCACUUUAGUCAGACGUUCUUAAAGACGAGUGGGAGCCCAGUGGAAUGAAGCCCACUCUCUGAUCCCGGGUGGAGGAGGCGGGGCUGCUGUGGUUGAAGCCUUUUGUCUUCAUGGUACGCCCGCCUCGUCCUCCCCCCGCGGUCGGUUGGCCACGUCGCAAAGUCACAUGACGCUUGAGCAUGUGUGUGUGACGUGUGGGCCUUCUUCAGUGUUCCUUACCAUGGUGUAUUUACACCACUCGUAUACACCAGUGUGUUUGUCAUGCCAUGGUGUAUAUACCAGUGUGUUUGUCAUGCCAUGGUGUAUAUACCAGUGUGUUUGUCAUGCCAUGGUGUAUAUACCAGUGUGUUUGUCAAGCCAUGGUGUAUAUACCAGUGUGUUUGUCAUGCCAUGAUAUAUAUACUAGUGUGUUUGUCAUGCCAUGGUGUAUAUACCAGUGUGUUUGUCAAGCCAUGGUGUAUAUACCAGUGUGUUUGUCAUGCCAUGGUGUAUAUACCAGUGUGUUUGUCAAGCCAUGGUGUAUAUACCAGUGUGUUUGUCAAGCCAUGGUGUAUAUGCCAGUGUGUUUGUCAUGCUAUGGUGUAUGUACCAGUGUGUUUGUCAAGCCAUGGUGUAUAUACCAGUGUGUUUGUCAACCAAUGGUGUAUAUACCAGUGUGUUUGUCAAGCCAUGGUGUGUUUGUCAAGCCAUGGUGUAUAUACCAGUGUGUUUGUCAAGCCAUGGUGUAUAUACCAGUGUGUUUGUCAAGCCACGGUGUAUAUACCAGUGUGUUUGUCAUGCCAUGGUGUAUAUACCAGUGUGUUUGUCAAGCCACGGUGUAUAUACCAGUGUGUUUGUCAAGCCAUGGUGUAUAUACCAGUGUGUUUGUCAUGCCAUGGUGUAUAUACCAGUGUGUUUGUCAUGCCAUGGUGUAUAUACCAGUGUGUUUGUCAAGCCAUGGUGUAUAUACCAGUGUGUUUGUCAACGCAUCGUCUGCAUUUGUACAUUUUGCUGAAAAGUCUCACGCGGCACAGCGACGGAGCUGACAAAGGUCAUUCAAGAUGGCGGUACAGAAAAAAAAUCCUCAUUUGAUACCAAGAUGAACGUGUUUCACUCAAAUCAACUGGACAUCUAACAUGGACUCAACAUCAUUUAAUUUCAACAAGUAAAAACAUCUUCCUGCCUAAUUUAGUAAAUAUUUUACCAUUUAAUUAUGCAGGAAACUGGCCGAAUAAAAACUGCAUUUUUUUUUCUAUCCUUAAUUUAAGAGAUGAAGGCUUUUUUAUACUGUUUAAAAUGUUUGUUUUUUUACUAUCUUAAAGAAAUGUAGUAGAAAAGUAUGUGGAUUUGUAAGCCAUCUUGUUUUAAUGUAUUGUUCUUCUUACAGAAAACUAGUAUUAAACAUGAAUACUCUUGUG